CCCCAACAGGGAAACCUGCCCCCGGACUACAGAAUCAGCCUCAUAGACAUUGGCCUGGUGAUUGAGUACCUGAUGGGCGGGGCUUACCGCUGCAACUACACACGCAAGCGCUUCCGGACCCUCUACCACAAUCUGUUUGGCCCCAAAAGGCCCAAAGCCUUGAAACUGCUGGGAAUGGAGGAUGACAUUCCCUUGAGGAGAGGAAGAAAGACAACCAAGAAGCGUGAAGAAGAGGUGGACAUUGACUUGGAUGACCCUGAGAUCAACCACUUCCCAUUCCCCUUCCAUGAGCUGAUGGUGUGGGCUGUCCUCAUGAAGAGGCAGAAGAUGGCCCUGUUCUUCUGGCAGCAUGGAGAGGAGGCCAUGGCCAAAGCCUUGGUGGCCUGCAAGCUCUGCAAAGCCAUGGCUCAUGAGGCCUCUGAGAAUGACAUGGUUGAUGACAUUUCCCAGGAGCUGAACCACAACUCCAGGGACUUUGGCCAGCUGGCUGUGGAACUCCUGGACCAAUCCUACAAGCAGGAUGAGCAGCUGGCCAUGAAACUGCUAACGUAUGAGUUGAAGAACUGGAGCAAUGCCACAUGCCUGCAGCUGGCUGUGGCUGCCAAGCACCGUGACUUCAUUGCACACACGUGCAGCCAGAUGUUGCUCACUGACAUGUGGAUGGGCCGGCUCCGCAUGCGCAAGAACUCAGGCCUCAAGGUAAUUCUGGGAAUUCUACUUCCUCCUUCAAUUCUCAGCUUGGAGUUCAAGAAUAAAGAUGACAUGCCUUAUAUGACUCAGGCCCAAGAAAUUCAUCUCCAAGAGAAGGAGCCAGAGGAGCCAGAGAAGACCACAAAGGAGAAAGAUGAAGAGGACAUGGAACUCACAGCGAUGUUGGGGCGAAACAGCGGGGAGUCAUCCAGAAAAAAAGAUGAAGAAGAAGUCCAAAGCAGGCACCGCCUCAUCCCCGUGGGCCGCAAGAUCUAUGAGUUCUACAAUGCACCCAUUGUGAAGUUCUGGUUCUACACCCUGGCAUAUAUCGGAUAUCUGAUGCUCUUCAACUACAUUGUGUUAGUGAAGAUGGAGCGCUGGCCUUCCACUCAGGAAUGGAUCGUCAUCUCCUACAUUUUCACUCUGGGAAUAGAGAAGAUGAGAGAGAUCCUGAUGUCAGAGCCCGGCAAGCUGCUGCAGAAAGUGAAAGUGUGGCUGCAGGAAUACUGGAAUGUCACAGACCUCAUCGCCAUCCUCCUCUUCUCGGUGGGAAUGAUCCUUCGACUUCAAGACCAGCCCUUCAGGAGUGAUGGGAGGGUCAUCUAUUGUGUGAACAUCAUUUAUUGGUACAUCCGUUUACUAGACAUCUUCGGCGUGAACAAGUAUCUGGGCCCAUAUGUAAUGAUGAUUGGGAAAAUGAUGAUAGACAUGAUGUACUUUGUCAUCAUUAUGCUGGUGGUGCUGAUGAGCUUUGGGGUCGCCAGACAAGCCAUUCUCUUUCCCAAUGAGGAGCCAUCUUGGAAACUGGCCAAGAAUAUCUUCUACAUGCCAUAUUGGAUGAUUUAUGGGGAAGUGUUUGCAGACCAGAUAGACCCUCCCUGUGGACAGAAUGAGACCCGAGAGGAUGGCAAGACAAUCCAGCUACCCCCAUGCAAGACAGGAGCAUGGAUUGUGCCAGCCAUCAUGGCCUGCUACCUCUUGGUGGCAAACAUCCUUCUGGUCAACCUCCUUAUUGCUGUCUUCAACAAUACAUUUUUUGAGGUAAAGUCGAUAUCCAACCAAGUAUGGAAAUUUCAGAGGUACCAACUCAUCAUGACUUUCCACGAGAGGCCAGUUCUGCCCCCACCGCUCAUCAUCUUCAGUCACAUGACCAUGAUAUUCCAACAUGUGUGUUGCCGAUGGAGGAAACACGAGAGUGACCCGGAUGAAAGAGACUAUGGCCUGAAACUCUUCAUAACUGAUGAUGAGCUCAAGAAAGUACACGAUUUUGAAGAGCAGUGCAUAGAGGAAUAUUUCAGAGAGAAGGAUGAUCGCUUCAACUCAUCCAAUGACGAGAGGAUACGGGUGACAUCAGAAAGGGUAGAGAACAUGUCCAUGAGGCUAGAGGAAGUUAAUGAGAGAGAACAUUCCAUGAAGGCUUCACUCCAGACUGUGGACAUCCGGCUGGCACAGCUGGAAGACCUCAUCGGGCGCAUGGCCACGGCCCUGGAGCGCCUGACAGGUCUGGAGCGGGCAGAGUCCAACAAGAUCCGCUCAAGGACCUCCUCAGACUGCACAGAUGCAGCCUACAUCGUCCGCCAGAGCAGCUUCAACAGCCAGGAAGGGAACACCUUCAAACUUCAAGAGAGUAUAGACCCUGCAGGUGAGGAGACCAUGUCCCCAACUUCUCCAACCUUAAUGCCCCGUAUGCGAAGCCAUUCUUUCUAUUCAGUCAAUGUGAAAGACAAAGGUGGUAUAGAAAAGUUGGAAAGCAUUUUCAAAGAAAGGUCCCUGAGCUUACACCGAGCUACUAGCUCCCACUCAGUAGCAAAAGAACCCAAAGCUCCUGCAGCCCCUGCAAACACCUUGGCCAUUGUUCCUGACUCCAGAAGACCAUCGUCAUGCAUAGACAUCUAUGUCUCUGCCAUGGAUGAGCUCCACUGUGAUAUAGACCCUCUGGAUAAUUCCAUGAACAUCCUUGGGCUGGGUGAGCCAAGCUUUUCAGCUCUAGCACCUUCCACAGCCCCUUCAAGUAGUGCCUAUGCAACCCUUGCACCUACAGACCGACCUCCAAGCAGGAGCAUUGAUUUUGAAGACCUCACCUCCAUGGACACUAGAUCUUUUUCUUCAGACUAUACCCACCUCCCAGAAUGCCAAAACCCCUGGGACACAGACCCUCCAAUGUACCAUACCAUCGAGCGGUCCAAGAGUAGCCGCUACCUAGCGACCACACCCUUUCUUCUGGAAGAGGCCCCCAUUGUAAAAUCCCAUAGCUUUAUGUUUUCUCCUUCAAGGAGUUACUAUGCCAACUUUGGGGUGCCCGUGAAAACAGCAGAAUACACAAGUAUUACGGACUGUAUCGACACAAGAUGUGUCAAUGCCCCUCAAGUAAUUGCCGACAGAGCCACCUUCCCUGGAGGUCUCGGAGACAAAGUAGAGGACUUAUCUUGUUGCCACCCUGAGCGAGAAGCAGAGCUGAGCCAUCCUAGCUCUGACAGUGAGGAGAAUGAGGCCAGAGGCCGGAGAGCUGCCAAUCCGAUCUCCUCUCAGGAGGCUGAAAACGCAGACAGAACCCUAUCCAACAACAUCACAGUUCCCAAGAUAGAGCGUGCCAACAGCUACUCGGCAGAGGAGCCAAGCGUGCCAUAUGCACAUACCAAGAAGAGCUUCUCCAUCAGUGACAAGCUUGAUAGACAGAGGAACACCUCAAGCCUACGAAAUCCCUUCCAGAGAAGUAAGUCCUCCAAGCCAGAGGGCCGAGGGGAUAGCCUAUCCAUGAGGAGACUGUCUAGAACAUCAGCUUUUCACAGCUUUGAAAGCAAACACAACUAAACCUUCUAACCAUGUGUUGCAGGAGGCUCAAGAAUCCAGCACUAAAAUUCUCCCCAUAUCCACCUUGUUCCCCCUUCCUUGAGUUAUGUCUGCUUUACUCUUAGCUGAGCAAAACAAUGCCUUGGGAGAUGUUAACUCAAAGGUAACCUCUGGGCCACAGGUCAAGCAAGCAUUCCAUCUGGCCCAGUGCCAAACACGGGGUGUUAAGGCAUGUUCACAUUGUUGGGAAGGGAGGGGAAAAGAGAACAGCAAGGGGUUAGAGAUGAAUGUGUGUAACCAGGCACCACAGAAAGCCAUGAGCUCUGAUGGGCUCAAGCGUUCUCCAUGCCAGCAGGCAUCAUGGGACUUCUGCCCUGUUAUCGAGAGUUGAGGCGACGGGGCUAAGUUGCAAAAUGAGAUAAAAGAGCCAGCAUACGAGAUGAGAUAUUCUAAACUUCAAUUCUGUUUUCUUUUCACAUUGGUUCCAUCACUGGUGACUGAUGAAGAACAUCCUUUUUAUUCAGUAUAAGCCGGCAGCAAGCAGUUCUACCUAACGUCCCACAUCCUUCUCAUGCCAACACUUCUGUAAUUGGUCAUUAUAAAGAAAAACAAGGUAACAGUCAUAUAUACAGUUCACCUGUCUCUUAUAUAUUCACUUCUGGUGCCACAACUGUUUAUCUCUUUAGAAGAAAAUAAGGGAACAGAAAUGCCUUUUUUUUCUUUUUGUCUUGCAAUCGAAAUGAAAGAAGAAUUGAUGCUAACAGCAAAAGUCGUAUGAUUUAUAAUAUACCACGGGCAAUCAAGUAUAUAGUCAAGCAAGCUCAGGAUGAAUGUAAUUAAAUAAUUUUAUAUUUUUAAGUUAUUUUGUAUCUCACCUGUCAUCAAUGAAUUCACUCAUCAAAUAUGUAAUAUUGAACUUUAAGAAAAAACAGUGGGAAGAACUAACAUUAAGUUGCCACGUGGGAUAUUGUUAUAGUCUCACCAUUCAUAGUGUGUGAUGCUGCUGUGUGGCCUUCAUCAUUUGCAUGUUUCCACUAUGUCCUCCGAACACCUCCAAGAUGUAACUGCCAAACUUCCACACCACUCAUCACGUGACCGUUUUGUAUUUGAACACAUGGUUCUAUGUGGAUAUUUUCAUACCUAGAAUUUAGUCAUCUAAUCUGGGCUCAGCAUAAAUUUAAUCGGAUUUUUUCAAGGGCUGGUAUCUUUUUUAUGGAAAUGUUCCAAAGCACUUUGUUUUGUUUUGUUUUUGAGACAGGGUUUCUCUGUAUAACAGCUCGAUUUGUAGACCAGGCUGGCCUUGAACUCACAGAGAUCUGCCUGCCUCUGCCUCCCUCGUGCUGGGAUUAAAGGCUUGCGCCACCACCACCCAGCUCCAAAGUACUU